GUACAGUAGCCAUCAUAUCCGGAGAGAUAAAAACGCACAGUGUCUUCUUCGCGUCAAUCUUAUCUCUCUAAAAGUUGUAUUAACCAGAAGUGUUAAUUUUGUUCAAUUGGUUUGGAUGACAGUCAAGAUUGUCUACUCGAAGCAAAGGGUUAAAAACUAAAAAGGAACCAAAAUGAGGAAUGUUAGAUCAUCAACAACGAACGUGCGGAUAGCCACUGUCAAGCUUAUCCAAGUCCCUGCACUUGUGUUUUUCAUUUUUCUGUUAAUUCAAUCACAAAAUGCAACCUCAUCAAGAAUCAAUAGGACAAUACUUCAACGGCGCCAAGUCUUCUCAGUCACUGACUACGGAGCCACUGGGGACGGCAUACACUACGAUACACCACACAUUCAAGCAGCAAUAGAUGCUUGCCAUGCCACGGGUGGUGGACGUGUUAAAUUCCCAAUUGGGAAUUAUUUAACAGCAACAAUUUACUUGAAAUCAGGGGUGAUGCUGGAUCUCCAGAAAAAUGCUACCAUUUUAGGAGGCACGAAACUGAGUGAUUAUCCUUUAGAAUCACAUAGAUGGUAUGUUGUGUUGGCAGAGAGUGCCACAGAUGUUGGGAUCAUGGGUCAAGGAAUAAUUGACGGUCAAGGACCAAAAUUUGUGGAGAAGAUAAACGAAAGGAAGAAUAUUAUGGUCAGUUGGAAUGCUACUGGAGCUUGUUUUGGUGAUGAAUGCAGGCCUAGGCUCGUCGGUUUCCUUGACUGCACAAAUGUUGGAGUUUCAGAUGUCCUCUUUACACAACCUGCUUACUGGUGGAACUACUACUAUAGUAUUAUGUUACUAGCUUAUAUAUGGGAACCAAGAUGUUUGCACAUUGUGAGAUGCGACAAUACAUCAAUUGACGGCCUAUCUAUUUUUGGUGAUUUUAAUACUCCAAACAACGACGGGAUAGAUGUUGAGGAUUCUAAUAAUACAGUAAUUACGAGAUGCAUCAUUAACACAGGAGACGAUGCUAUCUGUCCUAAAACAUCCACAGGCCCUGUGCAUAACUUAACUGUGUCAAACUCCUGGAUCCGGACAAAAUCCUCUGCCAUCAAACUCGGGAGUGCUAGUUGGUACGAUUUUAAAGGUCUUUUAUUUGACAAUAUCACCAUCGUCGAUUCUCACCGAGGGCUAGCUUUGCAGUUACGCGAUGGAGGAAACGCCAGCGAUAUCACUUUUUCAAACAUAAAAGUCAACACGCGGUAUUAUGAUCCAUCGUGGUGGGGCAGAGCAGAGCCAAUCUACAUAACAACUUGCCCACGUUACUCCUAUUCAAAAGUUGGUAUAAUCUCUAAUGUACAGUUCAUCAACAUAUCUGUGAAUUCGGAAAAUGGAGUCUUUUUAUCUGGUUCAAGUGAAGGUGUUCUAAGCAACUUGAAUUUCAUCAAUGUGAAUCUUACUUAUAGUAGAUGGUCCAAUUUUGCGGAUGGGUUAGUUGAUUAUCGACCGGGUUGCCAGGGUCUUGUAAAUCACAGUUCAGCUGGUAUUAUAAUGGAUCAUGUUGAUGGAUUACGGAUUGAAAAUAUGAACAUGAAAUGGUCAAAUACUUGCCUGAAAGGAUGGAAUAACCCUUUGGACUUCAGUCCAUCAACUGUGAACAACAUAUCUAUACUUGGUUUCAAUUCAGCUCUAAUGAGCCUCUCCCAGAAAUCAAUAUAACAUUGUUUUCACUGAUUCUUAUUAUUCCUUUAAUAAUAAAUAAUUGUUUUGCCUCUGAA